AUGUUCUUAGGCUGUCUGACAGAUUCCUUUGCUGAUCAAGUUAAGGCCAGUUUGAAUAUUGAACAAACUAGAGACCGAAAACAGAAAGGCAACGAGGAUGAGACCACUGCUAGAAGAACUGAAGAUCCAUACGAUAUCAUAGACAUCAUAGACAUGGCAGAAACCAUCGCUGGACGUCUUACUGGAGACUCCCGAGACCACCCAAGCAACGCGAGAGCUGUAUCGACUGGUAGAUCAGUUCAAGCGCGCAAACGGGAAAUUAAAAUGGAGCACGAUGAAUUCAAAGAAUUGCGAAGUAUUACUGCGACGUUCCUUGAUCAAAUUAAAGUAGAUCAAAAACAGAAUUCAGAACUUCGUAAUAUGGUACAAAACACGCAGAUCGAAAUGAAGAAACUCUUAGAGACUUUAGUUCACCAACAGCUGAAUAUCAGUAACCCACAAAGUAAAGUGGCGAGUUAUAAAAUGACUUCAGAUGGCUGUUGGUACUGUGAUGAACCAGGCCAUUUUACUUCAAAUUGUCCACAUAGAGAAGCACACGUAGCCCAGAAGAAAAUCAAGCUUCUUGGGAACCAAAUGUAUUUUACACAUAAUAAUACUGCAGUACCUAGAGGGAAUGGCGAAAAAUCCGUUCGACAAAUUGUCGAGGAGGCUAGUAGGCAAAAUUUGACUCUACAAAAUAAUAUGUUUGCAGAGCCUGGAGAAGUCUUUAGUCAAGAAGCUGUUGUCCCAGGUAUAAUCAGGCUACCGGAUAAUAAUAAUGGAAAUGAAAUUUCCGUUUUUACAAACCAGAUGCGAGAUACAAGAGACGAUGUGAUUCUCAACAUGAACAACCAAGUGUUAAAACUUACCGACAUGCUUGCGAACCUUGUUACAAACCCCAAUAAAACGAGGGACGUAGAUGCGUCGCAGUUUGCCGUCACCCGUAGAUCUCAAACCGAGACUCAGGGACAGUCGGGAAACUAA